GUCCUAAUCACUCCGCACUCACUUCCAGCAUUCCCUCCCCAUCGCUCGUCUAGGAUUCCAGCUCCGCCGCCCCUACCUCCUCAUCUCCCUGCUUGUCGCCGCUCCCGCCGACGAGCCGGGAACGGUCCAAAUCCGCACUCGCUUCUUCAUAUCCCCUCUCCCGCGCCGCCGGUGCCAGAUCUUCGUCCUCCGCCUAAUCCCUGUCCGCCUCCUGUCCUUCAUCCGUGAGAGAGAGCACCCGGAUCUCUGUCCUCCCAACAGCCUCACAAUCUGCGACCUCCCCGUCUCCUUCCUUCACCAUCAUAUCAUCCAGUCAGCCGCCCAGCCAAGAGAGCAGGCGAGAUGACCGGAGGAAUCGUGACGGUGGCGAGCGGGGUGAUGAACCCCCUCAUCGGCAAGCUCACCGCACUCAUGGGCGACGAGUACAACAAGUUCAAAGGGGUCAAGAAGCAGGCCUCCUUCCUCCAGAAGGAACUCAGCGCCAUGAACGCCGCCCUACAGAAGCUUGAGCUCAUGGAUGACGAGCUCGACCCAACUGUCAAGGAUUGGAGGGACGAUGUUAGGGAGAUGUCCUACGACAUGGAGAAUUGCGUCGAUGACUUCAUGCGCCAGUCUCGGGCUGAUGAUGCUAAGUCGGGCUUCAUUAAGAUUACUGCUCGACGCAUCAAGAAGCUGCGGCAGCGCCUUCGCAUAGCCCACCGGAUGGAAGAGCUCAAGACCCUUGCCAUAGAGGCGAAUGCUCGGCGGCAACGGUAUAAGGUUGAUGAUUGGAAGCCUGCCUCUGGCUCUGUGGAUGUUGACCCUCGGCUGCGAGCGGUCUACCAGGAGGCAGAUUCUCUCAUUGCCAUUGAUGGCCCAAGGGAGGAGGUUGCGACUCGGUUGAUGGAUGCUCAGAACAAACUUAAGGUGGUGUCUGUUGUGGGAUCAGGUGGUCUUGGUAAAACUACACUUGCCAAACAAGUGUAUGACAAGAUUGGCUCACAGUUCAACUGCAAGGCAUUUUUUUCAGUUUCACAAAGGCCUGAUAUGACUGAGCUACUCAACAAUUUACAAUAUAAACUUGGGAUGAAGAAGCCUGAUACAUCUCACACUCGCAAGGUUGACGACAUCAUUCAAGAGAUAAGACAACAUCUGAAAAAUAACAGGUACCUUAUUGUUGUUGACGAUGUGUGGGAUGAAUCAGCAUGGUACAUUAUUAAGUGCGUGUUUCCAGAAGAGGGUAAUGGAAGUAGAGUAAUAGUCACAACGCGAGUGGAAGUUGUGGCUGGUGCAGCCUGUCAGAAUGACCGUGAGGGCAUCUACAAAUUGGAACCUCUCAGCGAAGAAAACUCAAGAAUGUUAUUGUUGAACAGAGUAUUUGGGUCCGAACAUGGUUGUCCACCCCAAUUGGAACAAGUCAUGACUGAGAUUUUAAAGAAGUGUCAUGGGCUGCCUCUUGCAAUUAUCACAAUAGGUAGCCUAUUAGCCUGUCAAGAAAGAUCAAGGAAGGGCUGGGAGAGUAUAAGGGAUUCUCUGGGUGCCCACUCUGCCACAAAUCCCUCCUUGGAAGAGAUGAAGAGUAUAUUAAACCUUAGCUACAUGCAUCUUCCUGCUUACCUGCGGGCUUGUUUUUUAUACCUUGGUAUGUAUGUUGAGGACUAUGUGAUCUCACGGGACGAUCUUGUUCGACAAUGGAUAGCUGAAGGCCUUGUAGGUAACUUGCAUGGGCAAGAUUUGGAGGCUGUUGGCAGGAAUUAUUUCAAUGAACUUAUCAAUAGAAGCAUGAUUCAGCCUUGGCAAACAGAGUAUGGAGAGGUGUUGUAUUGCAAAGUACAUGAUCUGAUGCUUGAUUUGAUCCUAAGCAAGUGUGAUAGAAAUAACUUUUUAAGUGUGGCAUACAGUUAUGAAGGCAUGGCAAGACUGCAUGGCUCCAAGUAUAAGGUCCGGCGAUUAUCUCUGAGCUCGAUGGCUGGUGGUGGAGCAACAUACGACCCAACUAUUACUGUUAACCUAUCACAAGUACGGUCAUUUACACUGUUGGGGAAAUCCAUGCCUCCUCUUGUGUUGUUCAAGUAUCUCCGGGUGCUAAGGAUUGAUCAAGGCAGUGUUGGGGAAGAUGAGGGUACCCUUGACCUCACCGCCAUCAGCCAAUUGUUUGAGUUGAGAUAUUUGUAUCUUCGGGGACCAGAAUUUGUACAGCUCCCUGCUGAACUUCAAGGACUUGUUUACUUGGAGACGUUGCACAUACAUUCAGAGCUCAAGAGCAUCCCCUCGGAUAUAGUCCAUUUGUCCCGCUUGUCCUAUCUUUAUAUUCUUUAUUGCAACCAUGAACUGCUGUCUGAAUGGAUUGGGAAUAUGAAAUCACUGAAUAGCCUGAGGAUGCCGUUAGGCAUAAGGAACGGCCAGAGGGAAUUGAAUGGGAUGAACGGUAUUAUAGGUCUUGGCGAGCUGACCAAUCUCAGGGACCUAACAAUCAGUCUGUGGUCUUUGGAGGAGCCAGAACUUAAUGCUUUGAUCUGCUCCACUGGAAAGCUCCGUAACCUCAAACAUCUUCAAUUCUAUGGGUCUUUUACUGAAAUCCAUAGCCAGAUGGGCUCAUUAUCCAAUCCUUUCCAACACAUCGAGAAAAUUGACGCGUAUGCAUUUAAUUUCCGUAGAGUUCCCAUAUGGAUGGGUGGUCUCCAUUGCCUUCGCAUCCUCAGCCUGCGUGUGGAGGAGACCUCAACUGAUGAGCUUCGUCUUCUAGGAGAGCUUCCCUUCCUCGUCAAACUCACAUUCAUUCCGUCACAUAUCCCUAAAGAAAGGGCUAUACUAGGCACGGGACUAUUCCCCGUUCUGGAGUACUUCCAUUUUUGGACCGAGGAAGACGCUUUGGCAUACCUGGGAUUCGAGGCGGGGGCCAUGCCCAACCUACAAACCCUCUCUCUCCAAAACAGGAAGUGGGGUGGCAGCACACCAGUUGGCAUGGAGCACCUGUUACGCCUCCAGAAGAUCCAUCUGUAUGGUGUUGACUCCGGUGAUGCCACCAUAGUGUCUGCGUUCAGGAACGCCUUAUCAGCGCACCCAAACCGCCCUUCCAUUGAAAAGUUUUGGUAGUUAGAUUUCUUCUGUCGGAUUGCAGUCU